AGCGAUCAACGUGGCUGCACGUGUUGACAUGUGGCUCCUCCGAUUUUCCCCUUUUUUUCGCAUUUAUUCUUUUUUUCGCUAAUUCUCUCACCGUUACUUCUUCUCUGAGUUUUCCACGACCGGCCUGCCCUCCCACGCAUAAACCCUCAACGGAAUCGCGUCGGAACUCGGAUCUGCCUCGCCGGAAUCUUCUUCGGAUUUACGGCUUUCUCUUUAGUCGAAAGAAAUGUAUAGUAACUUGGGAGCCCAGCCUGGUGUAACAAGACCACCAACAAAUUCUCAGCCAAAUCCAUUUGGUAAUGCAUUUUAUGGGGCUGGUUCUGGUCUUAUCCGAGGUGGUCUGGGUGCAUAUGGAGAGAAAAUUUUGGGAUCAAGUUCUGAGUAUGUGCAAAGCAAUGUAAGUAGCAUGAUAAGUAGGUACUUCUCUGAUCCCCAAUACUACUUUCAAGUUAAUGAUCAGUAUGUUAGAAACAAAUUGAAGAUUGUUGUAUUGCCAUUCCUGCACAGGGGCCAUUGGACAAGAAUAACUGAGCCAGUAGGUGGCAGGCUUUCCUAUAAGCCCCCAAUUUAUGACAUAAAUGCACCAGACUUGUACAUCCCAUUUAUGGCAUUUGGUACCUAUGUUGUUCUUGCUGGAUUGUUACUUGGCCUUCAAGGAAAGUUUAGCCCUGAAGCACUUAACUGGCUGUUUGUUAAGGGAUUGUUUGGCUGGUUUCUGCAAGUCAUGCUACUGAAAGUAACAUUACUAUCAUUGGGUAGUGGUGAGGCGCCUUUACUCGACAUUCUAGCAUAUGCUGGGUAUACUUUCACGGGAAUGUGUUUGGCUGUCCUUGGAAAGAUCAUAUGGAGAUACUCAUACUACUUUUUGAUGCCGUGGACAUGCUUAUGCAUGGGAGUCUUCUUGGUGAAAACAAUGAAAAGAGUCCUCUUCGCAGAGGUUAGAAGUUAUGAUUCCAGCAGGCACCACUACCUUUUGCUCUUUAUUGCCCUGGCUCAAUUUCCUCUUUUCACAUGGCUUGGCAACAUUACUGUUAAUUGGCUUUUCUAAAACUGCAGCAUUUUCUAAGUUGUUGAAGGAAAGAAUUCUGUGUUUAUAUCAGCUCUAACAGUGCUUCUAGGCAAUUUUACCAUAGAGAAUUUCUUCUCUGGUUAAUUUUUUGUUUUUCACAUUCAUAGAAACCAAUUUACAUGUGCUAAGAAAGUUAAUAAUAGUUUUUGUUUGAAUGGUUACAUUUAAAUGGAUCACUGAGAAAUUCAUUUUGU